AUGGGUUUGUCUGCUGUUUUUGGUCUAGUUGGAAUUGAGGAGAGAGGAUUUGAUGAACCACCACUUCAAGGAAGCCCUCUACCAUCACCAUCCAGAGAUACCGUCCACACUGAAUUUCCCUCCCAAACUGCCGCAGACGAGAUUAUGUUGUAUUCUAUAGAAGCGUCUCCUGCCCCAUCAGCUCAACUGCCAUCUCCCUCUAUACUUUCACGUCUUCCUCCAACCCGAGUGUCAACACCACCGCUCGCCUCUGUGACCACGCCGAUGCCU